AUGCGAUGCGCGGCGAAAGCUGCUGAGAAGACAGAUGCGCGUGUUAACGCAGCCGCUCUUGACGAUGCCCAGCCUCUGGCGGCAGAAGAUGCUUCGUAUGCUGCCACUGCAACUCUUCUGCAGCACCGGUUGCUGCAGAUGCACGUGGUGAGUCACUGCAUGCUAAUGAUGAUGGUUCCCAAGUCAAGCUAA